CAUUGAUGAUGUAUUUCUCUGGGAGCUGGACUCGGCUCAUCCCAUUCCCCAUUGAAACUCGUUGUAAGUUCGCGGCUCAAGGCAGACUGAUGGCACCAGCGAACCCGCCAAUCAAGUAAUUUCGGCGCCGUGUUUCAUGUUUGGCCUUCUGAAACACGGCCCUCUGGCGCGCUGCUCUCGAGGCUCGAGCCGUUUGCCGCAAGGAGAAGUGGAGGGAAAUGCCUUGAAAUGGAGCCUCGUGGUCCACCCUUUCUGUGCCCAGUUGUUGUUGGACUUGGUUUCUCAAAAUAGCUGUCGCGCUAGUCCCGAUUCGAAGAGCACCGCCCCUCCCACUCCAGGGCUGACCUUCACUCCACAGCCCUCGUCCAGCAUCAGCGAAACAUUCUCCUUGUAGCCACCCGUUCCCGCGUGCGCGAUCAGGAACCUUGGAAAGAGAGCCACGGCCGUGCCACAAGCUUGUUCCGCCUCACCUACUCCG